AUAGAAAAUGACGUCACUCGGAAACCUCCGACUUUUCCCUUCGCCACGAACGUCUCAACUACUUCGAAAGAUAGCUGACUUACGGUCUUGUUGCCCUGACCAAAAAACCUAACACCAGACAUGUCCUUCCGCACCACCUUCUGCGCCAUCUUCGUUAUAACAGUCGCGCACGGGUUCGCGCUACAACACGAAGAUGCAGCACAACACCCCCUGCGGCCUUUGGAAUCAACAAUCGACGAUGUAGAUUACAUUUCCCAUCAUUGGGGACAACUGUCCACGUACAAAUAUAACGCGCCAGGACUAUUCGGCGUGAAGAAGGUCGGGCUACCCAAGGGCUGCCAGAUCGAGCAGGUGCAUCUGCUGCAAAGGCACGCUGAGAGGUUUCCCCACCCAGGGGAUGCACAAGACGGCUUGAAUAUUGAGAAAUUCACCGAGAAGGUUGUAAAAGCUCCCAACGACGGCAAACUUUUCAAAGGUCCUCUGGCCUUCCUGAAUUCAUGGCGGAAUACUCUUGGUGGUGAAUAUCUCACUGGCACUGGUGCCAUGGCUGAGAUAGCGUCUGGUGUUCAAUUUUGGAAUCUAUACGGCCGACUACUCUACAAUGCUUCGGAAGGACAGCUCGGAUACCAACCCGAGGACGUGGAUAAGAGACCGUUACUACGGACCCCCUCGCAAAGUAGGAUGCACAAUAGUAUGAUCAACUGGGCUUUGGGAUUCUUCGGGCCUAGCUACCAGGAGUCUGCGCAGUUUUCAUCAAAUUGGACUGACGCUUUCCGCACACUCAUCAUACCCGAGAUUGAUCCCGGGCCGUGGAAUAACACCCUGGCCGCUCAUCAUUGUUGCAAUAACUCCGAAGCACACGGUAUUGGUACUAUUGGAGAUGACUAUAUGUGGAAUUAUGCAGGCCUUUACCUACCCCAUGCCACAAAGCGUUUGUCGAAAUAUAUGCCUAAGCACUUUGAUCUGGAAAUCAAAGACACAUACGCCAUGCAGCUCCUCUGUGCCUACGAGACUCAGUUCCUCGGGGUUUCUGAGUUCUGCAACCUCUUCACUCGCGACGAGUGGGAGGGCUUCGAACAGAGUCUGGACAUUCGCUUCUUCUACAAGCAUUCAUUCGGAAAUCCGACGGCACGAUCCCAAGGGAUCGGAUAUGUGGAAGAAUUGCUUGCGCGGCUACAGGGGAAGCUCAUCACGGAGAGCGAUACCAGUGUUAACAGCAGUCUCACAGAUAACGAAACAACGUUCCCGUUAGGCAUGAAGUUCUACGCAGAUUUCACUCAUGACAAGAUGAUUCUGGCUGCGAUCACCGCGCUGAGUGUAGACUAUUUCAGGCAAGUACCAGAUCUCAAAACGUAUCCGCCAAGGAAGGACCGCCUCUUCCGCGUCGCGCAUAUGGCCCCGUUCACUGCACGACUAGUCACAGAGGUGAUCGGAUGUGAUUCGGCUCACCCAAAGCCUGAACAACAUGAACGCGUGCAUUACUACGCGUCGCAGUACGGUUACGACAGCGACGAAGGUUCGAGUGACUCGAAGCACCGAUUUGUGCGCAUGAGGCUAAAUGGCGGGCUACUGCCCUUGUCAUCGAUCAGGGGAGGUGCCUGCAAGGGACGCUCAGAUGAAAUGUGUCCGCUUGAGCAGUUCAUCCAAUCUCAACAGAAGGCAAAAGAGCGCGCAAAUUAUCGAGAGGCUUGCUUUGGCGAUUACAAUGUGGUGAAUGACGGGCGGGACGUGGACGGAACAGUUCCGAAGUGAGAGUCAUACAAAAUGAUGGACAUGCCUGUGAUUUUCGAAGUAAUCGAUUUGGUGGUGCCGCAAUUCGAAGGGCGCCUUCGCCAUUAGGUCACGGUGAGCUACGAAUGUUCUUGGAUACCCAGUGCUGCAGGCGGUGCGCAGCCUGUUU